CAAAAGUACAACAAUUCCUUACCACUGCCGUACAAUUCCCGACGCCGUUGCCGGAGUACACUGUCGGAGAUUUCAAUCUUCAUUUUUGCCCUUCUCUGCCUAACUCGUCUUCCAUGUCUCCUUCCGCCAUUGUCGCUUUUCUAUUAUUACAUACGCUGAUUUUCUAUAACGGCGCGGCGGGGUUUGAAAUUGGGAUUGGAUCUCGCUCGAUUCUCCGAUCAAUCGACGGCGCCGAAUCUGAAAAUCUGGAUUAUGCUGUCGAUUUGAAUGUCUCCAAUUUCGACACUGUCCUAAGGGAAGCCAAAGCUUCGUACGCCAUCGUCGAAUUCUUUGCUCACUGGUGUCCUGCUUGCAGAAAUUACAAGCCACAAUAUGAGAAGAUCGCAAAAUUGUUUAAUGGAGGAGAUGCUGCCUAUCAGGGGAUCAUAUUGAUGACUAGAGUCGAUUGUGCAUUGAAGAUAAAUACUGCUCUCUGCGACAAAUUCUCUGUCGAUCAUUUCCCUAUGCUUUUUUGGGGGCCGCCUUCUAAGUUCGUGUCCGGAAGUUGGAACCCGAAGCAAGAAAAUAGUGAAAUUCGUUUGAUCGAAAAUUUUCGAACAGCCGAACUUUUGCUGAAUUGGAUCAAUAAGCAAACCAACAGUUCGUAUCGUUCGGACGAUAGGAAAUAUGAGAUCAAUAUGCUUCAGAUAAACGAGUCUCGUUUCAGACAGAUUGCGACUGCUGCGCAUGAUAUUGAAGAGGCGACGGCAAUUGCUUUCAGAAUCAUUUUAGACAAUAAGAUGAUUAAGCCGGAGACUCGUUCUUCACUCUUAAAAUUCUUACAAAUUUUGGUCGUUCAUCAUCCCUCCCGAAGCUGCCGGACGGGAACUGCCGAAAUUCUCAUUGAUUUCGACGAUUUUCCAGCCACGAAAAACGAAACCGGGAUUUGCGGGAAGGAUGUUCCUCGAGGAUACUGGGAGUUUUGUCGAGGAAGUAAGAACGAGACCCGAGGUUUUAGUUGCGGAUUGUGGAUUUUAUUUCACUCGCUUUCGGUAAGAGUCGCUGACGAAGAAAGCCAGACGGCCUUUACUACAAUCUGUGAUUUUAUCCGUAAUUUCUUCGCCUGCCAGGAGUGCCGGCAACAUUUUUACAGCAUGUGUUCGACCGUUUCCAAUCCUUUUCAGACACAGCGCGACUUCGCCGUAUGGCUGUGGAAAGCCCACAACAAAGUUAACGAGCGUCUUAUGAACGAAGAAGUGUCUCUAGGAACGGGCGAUCCUGAAUUCCCGAAAACUCCGUGGCCUCCGAGACAGCUAUGUCCGAAAUGCUCGGUUUCGAGAAGCGGCGGGAGUCGGAUUGACUGGAACGUCGAUGAGGUUUACCGGUUUUUGGUUACUUACUACGGGGAGACUUUACAGUCUCGAUACAACGGUAGCAACCGAACGGUAGAAAGGCUAACCGAUGAUUCGGUGGCUUCGCCAAAUGCGGUUAUGGUUCCCGUUGGCGCUGCUGCGGCGAUUGCCGUUGUGAGCUUCGCAUUUGGAGCGUUCGCUUACUUCUGGCAUCGGAAGCGAAAAAUUCGAAAGUAUAAACACGAUCCGUACACUUUGAAGACUAUUUAGCCAUCGAGGUAAAAGGGGCGCAUUGAAAUUUAUAGUACGCGAAGAAAAUUCGAUUUUUUUGGUAGAGAUUUGGUGUACUCGGAAAUUCUUCUCCGCGACCAUUUCAGGUCGAGGAGAAAUCUUGAAUUGAUGCAGCUUACGGCGUGUAUAUACAACAUUGGUCGAGUUUUCGGAAGCUUCCGAUAAGGUAGUCGAGGUUCGGCUUCGAACAUCUUUAUAGUACAAUUGUGUAUUUUUUUACUUGUGUGUCGAUGUUAUAGCGAUUGUGCUUACUCUGAUUAGUUACAGUGUUAAUAGCACACAACACAUGAACUGACAACAAAUGACAACUUGACCAAAUAGUGUAUACUAUAAUACAUUUCAGCU